AAGUGGAUGUUGUUAAUACCUGCUGUAGCAGAAUGACAAAACUAGUUUAUGACUGGAAGUAUUUCUCGUUUAAAAUUUCAAUUUUAUUGUUGGUGAAAGUAUCCACCAUACAAUCAACAUGUAAACACGAAAUACAAUUUGGUCCAAUUGUGUGUAUUUUGAGGUGCACUUCUAAUUUAGACUAUAUUGAAGGGGUAUACUCUCAGGCUCAAAAUAUGGAUCAAAUCGAGUAUGGAUAUGAAGAGCUCUCACUCUGCUAUUAUGAAGGCAUCAGAUUGGAACUGAAAAACUACGACUCGCCAAGUUUCGUCGUGCGAGCCAAUUCGUUUACUGCCAAUAUUAAAGUAAAUGACUUGGCCUACAGUUUAGUGGCAAUUAGUGAAAUGGAAGCCAAUUCACUGAAUGCGACCGCAUUUAAAUGGGUGACGAGACUCGUGUUCACUAACACAAGUAUCACAACGUUCAAAAAUGGAUUGUUCAACGGUCUGGAGUCGGUGGAAAAGAUUCACUUCAAAGAUGUUAGUGAUGCCAAUUUGACAAUUGAAACCGGUAUAUUGGACGUAUUGAAUCGAACAUUGACCGAAUUUACGUUUGAGCAGUUGACCAGAACGACAAACGAAAUUGUAAUAGAUGGCUUCACCGGUUCGGCGGUGCUGCCGAAGCUUACAACCGUUAAGUAUGUACAUGUACAAUUUGAAAAAUUCAAUUACGAAUAAAUCGUUUGUUGGCUUGGGACGUGUUAACACGUUGGAUUUAUCUAAUUGCCAAAUUGAAACUUUCGGUGUUGGCGCCUUCGAUGCAAUAAGCACGUCUGUCCAGACAUUGAAGCUGGAAAAUAAUUUCAUUAAGACUUUGCCGGCUGGUCUCUUUGACAUUAUGCUGCCCAGCUAUUAUACCAGAAUUAACUUGUCAGAAAACGGAAAAUGGAUUUGCGACUGUGACUUUUUGCCGUUUAGAGCCGACUUAAUAGAACAUUCUUCAAAUUUUAUUGGUACGGUCGAAUGUGAUUCGCCAGUUGAAUUCAAAGGGGAUAAAGUUGUUGAAUCACAUUUUUGUGAGCCUACAACAACAACAGAAGUCACCACCGAAGUUACCACCGACAUUACAACCGAAUUUACUACCGACAUCACUACACCAUUACCACCUGAAAUACCCCAAGAAUGUUUUCAACCUCGCCGAAGCGACAACGUGACAGAGAACAUUACAAUUCGAGGGCCUAGUCAAAAAUUUUCUAUAAUUCAGAAUCAAAGUGUUGGUGUGGGUGACAUUCUCCUACAAAUUGAUGCACAAGUGGAAAAUCGAAUGUUGAUUUGGUUUGCACUGGAUGACAACCUAUCAACCAAUGUUAGCGAAAUUAGUUGCAUGAUGACUGCCAGUUCGUCGAUCAGAGUUACUAAUUUGAUCGUAAACUCGAUAUCCACAUACACCUUUUGUCUAAUGAAUUCCGCAGAGAAGACGAUCUCACCAUUAGACUGCAUUUCAUAUUCGAUAAGAGAUGACGUCGGUCACAAACAGCCGUGGAUCAAUGAAAGUAAGAAAGGGCUCGUUAUUGGCGUGGUAUCAGGCGUUUGUGGUCUGGCCAUACUGGCUGGUUUCGCUUGGGCACGUGUUUCUUAUAAAAUGUGCGCAAAUAGAGAUCUUUAUUUUAUCUUUCCGAACGGCAUGAUGAAAACGAACGACAGAUUGUAUGGCACGACCAUUAAUGUCAAUGCAUUCGGCAGCAAUGAAAGUGCACCGCCUCUACCACCUCGACCAUAUUCUUAUCCUACUAAAGAAUACACGUAUGCAACAGUCCAAUGAUACAAUCAAGUGAGGUAGGUGUC